AUGUGUGCAACUGACAAGGCCCCAUGUCCUGAUGGAUACACAAUGGGCUACUUCAUCAAGUGUUGGGACAUUUUGAAGCAAGAUAUUAUGGAGGCUUUCAACAAUUUUCACUCCCAAGAAAUGUUUGAAAGAAGCUUCAAUGCAACAUACAUAGCUCUGAUUCUUAAGAAGACAGGGGCUAAGGAAUUGAGGGGUUUCAUGGCUAUUAGCCUGAUAGGGAGUUUUUACAAGUUGAUCUCAAAUGUUUUGACUGAACUAAAAAGGGUGGUAGACAAGCUAGUGGAUGCACAACAAAUGGCUUUUAUCAAAGGAAGACAAAUAAUGGAUGCAGUGUUGAUAGCUAAUGAAGCUAUGGACUCGAGGAUCAAACAGAAAAAGUCUGGAAUUUUGUGUAAACUAGAUAUUGAGAGAGCUUAUGAUCAUGUCAACUGGAGAUUCUUAUUGAAAAUGUUUUUUUUCCCUGCUCAUGGAGGUUUAAGACAAGGAGAUCGCUUAUCUCCCUUUCUUUUCAUAAUAGCCAUGGAAGGUCUGAACAAUAUGAUCAAGACAACAAAAGUCAAUGGAUGGAUUAAAGGUUUUGAGGUUGCCAGGAAUGGAACUAAUAGUCUGGAGAUCACAUAUCUCCAAUAUGCUGAUGACACUUUAGUUUUCUAUGAUGCUGAAGAGGAGCAUUUGAGAUUUUUGAGAGUUAUUUUGGUAUUGUUUGAGGAUAUCUCAGGACUUCACAUUAACUGGAAAAAGAGCCAUUUUUUUCUUAUUACUGUAGUACCUAAUAAUUGA